AUGUGUUGUCAGAAGAGAGAGCAGCUGGCUCAGAGGCUGGAGCAGCCAGCCACAGAGAGUGAGGGGGCAGAGGCUGCCUUCCUCACAGUGCCCUGCCCGCGUGGCCAGAAGGAACCAGAGACAGUUAAUGAAUCCACAGAAGAGGACUCAAUUCAUUUUAAUGUUGGCGGCUGGCAUUUCUCUAUUCCGAAAAGUAAAAUUGCUCAGUUUCCAGAAUCCCUGCUUUGGAAAGAAUCUUCUGCCCUAGUUCCAUCUGAAAACCCAAGACUAUUCAUCGACAGAGAUGGAUUCACAUUUAGACACGUCCAUUAUUAUCUACAUACCUCAAAGUUGUCUUUUUCCAGCUGUGCUGAAUUGAAUUUGUUGUAUGAACAAGCAUUAAUUUUGAAGCUGACACCUUUAUUGCAGACUUUAGACAAUUUGAAGGAAGGGAAACAUAAUCUGCGUGUGCGACCUGCAGAUAUACCAAUAGCUGAAAGAGCAUCCAUGAAUUACUGGAGAACGCAAAAAUGUAUCAGCAAGCCAACAGAGUUUCCUAUCAAAAGCCCAGCAUUUACAGGAUUACAUGAUAAAGCUCCCUUGGGGCUGAUGGAUACACCAUUACUUGAUACAGAAGAGGAAGUGCAUUACUGUUUUCUGCCAUUAGACUUGGUGGGAAAGUACCCUACUUUAGUCAAUGAUGAUAAUUUACUGUGGCUCCUGGAGAAUGCAGCUCUGAUAGAAUGUGAAUGCAGUGAAUUCCGUUUCAUAGUAAAUUUUCUUCGCUCAGAGAAGAUUUUGUUGCCUGAUAAUUUCUCCAGCAUAGAUGUUUUGGAAGCAGAAGUUGUAACUUUGGGAAUUCCUAACCUUACCGAUGCAGUGAAGCUUUAUAGGGGAAAUUGCUCUUUGCUGACCUCUAACCUUGAAGAUUCUGUGAAGGGUAUAGUAAACAAGAUGCUGGAAGUUCAGGAAGUUGUGAGGCCCCCCUUGUACGUUAUGGCACUUGGUGUCUUAGUAAAAUACCCUGAUUCAGCACUUGGACAGCUCCAUAUAGAAAGUACUUUAGACCGAAACCAGCUGUACAUCUCUGGGAAUGGAGUCCUCUUUCAACAUGUCAAGAACUGGCUAGGAACUUGCCGCCUCCCACUUACUGAAAAUAUGUCUGAAAUCCAUGAACUCUGUGCUUACUUGGACAAAAGGGACAUCACAUAUGAACCAAUGAAAGAUGCUUUGAAAUCAUAUCUGAAACAAAAGAUACCGGCAGAGACGAAGGGACACAAUGAAGACUGGACAGCAGAAGUAAGAGUCUACUCCCUGCAUCAGAUUGUGAAAAUUUAUGUGGGAAGCCAUUGGUAUGAAACAUACUUACAAACCUUGCUGAAGUGUCCAGAGCUCCUGUCAAACUGCAAAAAAGUUUAUUGGAUUACAUAUGGUCAGAGUCUCCUAAUCCAUGGAGAUGGGCAAAUAUUUCGACACAUUCUCAACUUCCUUAGACUUGGCAAGCUGUUUUUACCAUCUGAAUUUAAAGAAUGGUCUCUAUUUUGUCAAGAAGCAGAGGAGUACAGAAUUCCUUCUCUUUUUGAAGCACUUUAUCAGUGUGAUGGAUACAGAUUGUGGGUCAAAAAACAUGAAACUUACGCUGAAGCUGCUUUUCCAUUUAGAAGAUUAAAUAUUGUGACUUGGGAUAAGGAGCGUGAGUUCAGCAAAGACCCAAAAGAAGAACAUUCCUACACUGCUGUGGAUUUCAGUAACUGGUGUGUUAAUACCUGGAGUAAAAUAAAAGACAUGCAGGAUAGCAAAGGAGAGAAUGAGAAGUAUACCAGAAUGAUUUCACAGAGCAGAGGGACAAAACGAAGGAAUAAACCUGGAGGAUAUCAUCAGUCUACAGACAUCGGGGGAAAUUCCAGCUAUUGUAAACAUUCAGCAAGCCCUCCAAGGAAGAAAGGGGAAAGAGGCAAUUUAGCAAAAAAAUCAGAAAAUAGAAACUCAGCCACUCCCAUUCAGAAAUUAAUUUCCCUGGUAAAGGAAUGGGACAUGGUGAACUCCAAAAGAUGUGAAUUCCGGCAUGUGAUGAUAUCCAACAGUAACCUUGCAGAUAAUGUACCUUGUCAUAAAACACUUGAAAAUGGGGGUGACAUCAAAGAUCCUGCUGGCAGGUCUCCUGGGAAAAUAAGUCAUGGAGUUCAGGAAAACGACCAGACUAUUCAAGCUACGUUCAGUGCUGAAGAGAAACAUUCGGAGCAACACACAUUCAAACAGAAUUUGCCAGUUACCCUAACUGCUGAAAAACACAGAUUCAGCACCAUAAGGGAGACUUACCCAAUGGAAAAAACUGCAGCAUUCAAAGAGUGGAGGGGCCAGGAGCAAACAGAAAAAGAAACAACCGUCAAUGACCAAACCAACAUGGUAACCAAAGAAUUUAAUAAUGUAGGAUUCAUCCUUAAAGUCGAACAUCCUCCAGUUGUGGGCAGUGAUGGCUCUUGCACUUGGCAUGAAGAGAGUGUUGUUUACAGUGCUGGCAUCAAACCGGCUAAUGCAAACCGUCAACCAGUGGCUAGAGAUGUCGUUUUCCUAAGUUUUGCUUUGGCACGGGAAGAGAUAUUUUAUGCCAGAAAGUGCCACUGUUUUCUGACUGACAUCAUCCUGAAUUCCAUCAGGCAGAAGGAUGCCAGAGAGAUCACAGCCAAAGUUGUGAGGCUUGUGCACAGGCUUUGGACCCAACAGAUCACACCAAAGGAGUUUGUUGCUGAUGUCUUCAACACAAAACCUUUUAACGAUGACAGACAUGUUCAUGAAAAGCUACUUAGAUGGGUGGAAUUUACACUGCCAUUUGCAUGGAAGUACAGCCACUGCAUUGAUUUACUGCUAAAGAAAGGGUAUUCCAAAUCCAUAUCCUAUUUUGGCUUGGGAAAAUAA